AUUGCAGUCAGUGUUGUGUAUAUUCUAAGCGACGUGUUUGCAUUGUUUAAUGUCCUGCAUUGAGUUGUUGUAAAGAUGAGUACUCAAAGUGCUGACAUGUACGAGAGGAGUUUCAGGCUCAGGGUGGCACCGAGCCUGGCAGCACUGAUCCAGGCUCUAGCAUCAGUGACUGAGCUGCUGGGCAAGACCUCAAUGUCCGAGUCCCAGUAUGAAGCACUGAUGAGAUCGAUGAAGGAAGCCCAGACAGAGGGGACCAAAGUGGAAGCCUUUUCCACUGAGCUGGUGAGAGAGGUUGAUGGGGAAUGCGAGGACCUGGUUGUUGAAAAAAGCAAACUGGAGAGAGCGAGAAAACAGCUGGAAGGGAACUUGGAAAUGCUGAGCGGGCAGAUUAAGUCAAUUGACAGCAGUCUAAAGACAAACUCAGAGAAUCUGAGUCAGAAAAAGUCGCUGAAAGAGAAGACAGAAAGAACACUCGCAGAAUUUACAGUCACAGGAUGGUUAGGUUGGAUUGUUCUGAACAUGACAGGUGUGACAGAAGGUUUAAAGGCACGUUUAGCAGCCUGCAGGGAGGACAUUAGCAAGUGUGAGAGGGAACAGAUCACCUUCUCCAUGAAAAGAGAACAGAAAUUGCUGGAAAUGAAAGUGAUCAAGGAGCAGCUAAUGCAGAACAAGGUGAUGAGCGCAGGUAAACAGGCUCGCCUUGCUCAGCUGGCUGAAGUGCAAGAGACCCUCAAACAGUGCACCACGUUCCUCAGCCUCCUGGAGGGAAAGGUGAGCUGUCUCCACUGCCAGGACCAGUGCUUCUUUCAUGUGGAUACUCUGGUCACUACCAUAAGAGAUAUUAUUCAUCAUUUGGUGGAGGGGCUGAGCAAUGACCACUGCAAGCCUUUGUGCACAGAACUGGGAGAGGUGAUGAGCCACGAACUGAACUCAAUGAAGGAGACGAUCAGUCACAUCAGUGUAUGUGGUGCAGGUGUCAGUGAGGUACCUGCUCACUGUUCUUCAGCGGCCAUUUGUUACUUCUUUGCUGGAAUCUGA